AUGGAUUACUUCGAGCCUGACGACUACACCAUCGCGUGGAUCUGCGCCUUGCCUCUGGAGGCGGCAGCGGCCCGCGCCAUGCUCGACGGAACCGACACCCCACCUCAGUCGUCUGCUAUUGAUCCCAACGCCUAUGAAUUUGGCAGCCUAGCCGGGCAUUCCAUAAUCAUUGCCAACCUUCCGGAUGAUAUUUAUGGGGAAGGGGAAGUGUCUGCCGCGGCCUUCGUGUCUCGCAUGCGUUCAACGUUCCCUCGGCUUCGGUUUGGACUGUCAGUGGGGAUUGGAGGGGGUGUCCCGGGAGGAAUCAAUGACAUUCGAUUAGGCGAUGUAGUUGUCGGCACACCAGGUGCAAGUCACAGUGGGGUGAUACAGUACGAUUACGGCAAGGCAGUUGAGCCGACAAGGACCUUAAACAGUCUACCACAGGCUCUUUUGACGUUGAUUACUUCAAUCCAGGCACGACAGAUUGUUGAGGCGGAUGGUGCUGUUUCAAGAAUAGUGUGGAAAGUGUUAGAACAGAACAACAACCUGAAAGACAUAUUUUCUCCGCCAAAGGAGCAUACAGAUUUUCUUUUCCAUUCCUCCUAUCGUCACGUUGACAACGAAGAUACUUGUGAAAAGUGUGAUAAAGAGCAAUUAGUCGAACGACCACUGCGUGACACAAGAACGCCUUACAUACACUAUGGGGCGAUUGCCUCGGGGAAUCAGGUGAUGAAGAACUCAGAAAUGCGCGACCAUCUAGCUCAACAAAAUGGGAUACUUUGCUUCGAGAUGGAGGCAGCAGGCCUUAUGGACGAGUUUCCAACUCUUGUGAUUCGAGGGAUAUGCGAUUAUUGCGACUCCCACAAAAACGGAAAGUGGCGAGGAUAUGCAGCUUUGACAGCAGCCGCCUAUGCAAAAUUAUUACUAUCGGCCAUGCCUGUCUACCGUAAAUAUCCCAUCAUGCGGCGCGGGGCGCAAGACUAUAGCUCACUCAGAGAAGACAUCCGCAGCAUGGACAAGGAUUUUCCCAGGAAGGACAAUAUGUGGGAUACUUCGAUGGCAAAAUAUUCUCACGGGAGUCCUAAAGGAACAGAUCCAACAAGGGAAGUGCCAACCGAAGCCUAUCCGCCAUCGAUGGCAGAAAUUACAGCCACAGAAAGCUCCGUAUUGUCUCGAGGAUUUGAGUCAUGGGGAGACGCACUGGAAACGGUCAACGCUUCGACAGCGGGGACUUCAGUGGACCCGGGAGGUCAGGAGAUGGACGGGGACUCGGCGGAUGAUGAAUCAAUUUAUACCUCCGAUGUUCCCCGAUCUCUGGCCUAUGUGCAGGAACUAGUUAGUAGCUUCUUCAGAGGCGCAGAACUCCCAGACGCCGAGUCCUUAGAAAGGAUACGCGAUGGCCUUCCUGAUUUGCUUCGAGGGUUUGCCCAGAGAAUUGGCGGAGAAAAUCAUUCCUCUGGUCACUUCGAGGUUAUGAAAUUCAUAUAUAAGCGACGAGUGGAUAUUGCCACAUCAUUCGGGCAGCAAUUUCUGGAUGACAUCGAAACGUUGCAACAGCGAAAGCUAAAUGACAUGUCUCUAGACGAGCGGCUGAGCAUGUGGCGCUUUGACCAGGAAAUGGACGACCCAAGUUCCGCAGCAGCUCGGCCAGAUGAUGUGCCACUCAUGGAUGACGAUGCCCAAUUAGACGGUGACGACAAUAACGACGAUAACGAAAACACCCUAGAUAAUUCUCAGUUAGAGAUGUAUCGGAAUGUUGUGACCAACUCCACUGCUUUUCAGUGGCUGCUCUGUCGAUUGCACCGAGAGGCCAGCCUCACAACAUCAGAGGCCAGUUCCUGGAAAGCCAUUUCGACACAGAUCCGCCAGGCCCUGUAUUCCCGGCGGGAGAGCCGUCUCGUCAGCAGCCGAAAAGCGCCUCCCAAAUGUUCAGCGGUGUUCCAGUCGGACUGGGAUCCCCUGGCCUUUAUUCGCGACCAGAAAUACAAGGAAGAACCGGAAGACGCGGUUGAACGCGCUAUUGUAAUUGUUCAAGGCCCGAAUGGAGAUGUAGAGGCGAUGCCUUGUUCGGAAUAUGUGGGCCGCACUUGGCCGCUAUUCGGGGAACACUUCAUGGGAUUAGUGAAACAUACGGUGCGGAGUAUACCAAGCUUGCGGUGCUCAGUGACUUUGUUCGACAACACGAGGGUCACAUCUUGGGUGGAGCCUUCAGGAUGUUUCUCUUUGGAGGCAGUGGGCGUAGCAGAAACAAUUGUUGAAGUUGGUGAAGUUUUCGCAUUUGUAACCGUUGCACUUCGUUCUGCAAAAGGUGACCUAGUCGCUUCCGUUUCCCCUACCAUCGACAACGGCACCAAAACCAGUGACCAGACGUGCAGACUUACUAUUCGUCCGCAAUAUUCGGAUGGCCCCUUGCGAUCCACUGGCCAAUGUUGGCAAGACCUGUUCAGAAACCCUGUGGUCGUUCUCGGCUUUCCCGUACGACGUCGUCGGCCGGACCAAGAACCCGGUCUCGAGAUUUCGCUGGCCACGCUAGCCGCGCUGUUGGGGACCCGACGCAUCGUGGUAUUCUGUGGGAAGGUCUUUCUUCAAGGUUUCUGUACCAUGGUGGUUCCGACGAAAUAUGAUGGAGACACAGUGCAUUGGCACGUGUUAUUUAACGAAAACGGAAGCCGGAUCUCUUUGACAGACUUCCGUGUUCGCAAAAUCGUCCAGGACUUUGAUCUCUUAAAACAUCUGACGCUUUCCGGCGUCGAAAGUGCGCGCCACAUUGUCGGCUGGUGCGAACACGUGCGGAAUUACGCAGGACUUCCGCAGCCCGGCUCUCGGUUUGCUUUUGAUCGUGUGUCCAUAUCAGCUGGAAAGAUUGUCAGCGUGGGCGCCUCGGUGGCAAUCAGCAAGAAGGACAAGCCGGCACGAGCAGCAAAAAAGACCGACUACCACAAACAAAUUGAGUGGGCUGAGGAGCGAUUCAUCGUGCUCUAUGACUGCAAAGAUCGGCGUGCCUGGCUCAUCGAUGGGCUGAGUGCCCUGCUGCACCUCGUCCGCGCCCACCUAGCCCAUCGCAGAAAAGUUGGUCGCGAAGUCCUCUUCAGUGAACGUGACAUCAAAGAACCCAACACUCCAUAUAUGGGAAAGACUGCUGCAAACGCCGUGCUGCGAAAUAGAGCCAAUAUGGACCUCAAGAUAUACGAGAGAUGGAAUAGAGUUGUGGAAGAGACAAGUAGAAAAGGAGAAGAGCCGCCGGAGACGAGCCACAAGACACAGAAGACAUGGGAACAACUGCCGGACCUGGUCGGCGAAAUUUAUACAACUUUGGGCAUGCUAUUCGACAUCCAGACCGACAUAUUGACGGCGGACGGCUUCGGAGCCAAAGUCCAUAUAUCCCCGAGGAGACACCUCGAAGGUUGGGAUUUCCAGCAGGUAGCGGCCGGUACUGACCCGCUUCUGCCUAAAGCGGCUUUGCUUCGUGAUACCGGGUUAGGAUGGGUUGAUCUCGUUAGGGCUAUCAACGCAAUCACCCUCUUCGGUGUGGGUUUUGGAGAAAUCCUCCAGCCCGUAGACGCUGCUGUAGAUUGUGCUCUUGGCGGGGGAGGCGAUGGGGACACAGCCGGGUCAGGUCCUGCAGUAAACCCUCCGCAGGGUGGAACUAGAUGUGACCGUUGGGCUGCUUUGCCGAUGGGCGAAGAUCUCCUUGCCACAACCACCCCCGUCAUUCGGGACAUUAUGGAGGGCAUUUAUAAAGAUCACGACAGCAAACAGCGCCUCUGGGAGUUAUUCACAGGUAUAUACUGGCACUGCCCGGACAAAGUCUUCGAGGACUGCCACUGCAGAGCUACUCCAGGCGGGACGCAGUGCGAUCGUGUACAGGUUCUCCUGCCGACGAAGUUCCCCACACUCUUUGCUCGUGGCUUCCGCAGUCCGCCCGAGCCGCUCCCGGCCCAUGGCGCCGUGAUCUUUGGGCACAGCGUGAAAUUUCCGCUAAUCUGGAAGUGGGAGGCUUGCUCUGUCCCUACAGAAGGGCAUCUACAGCCGCCCCAGCUGACGUCUCGGUCAUCCCGCCAGAGCGACAGCGGCCUCGGGUCGAGUGCUGCAUCGUCCUCGGUUCACGAUGAGUCCCUCAGCCGAGGGUCAAGUCUCCGGCCAGCCAGCAGCGAAUCGACUCACGGAGCAGUCUCUAGUCUUAGUCUUGCUCCAGUCAAUGAACCGCGCGGCACCACCACUUCAGGCAAGAAUGCCAAGAAUAUCGUUAAGCGUCUUUUCAAGAAGAGGUCGAAAUGA